UGAAAAAUGGUUUACCUCUGCCUCCAACGUUGUAUAUGCCAGACGCUGUACGUACUACGCUACUAACUAAACUCACUCAGUUAUUGUUUUGUGUUGAACUGCAGCAUUGACGAGUCACGACUAAUGUAUAGUGUGUUCCAACUCCCGAGAUGAUACAAAAUCUUGGCACCACUAAAGGAUAUGUUACGAUUAUAUUAUCAUCAGAGAACCCGACAAGUCUCGUAGAGUGUUUGACGUUGACUGUGGGGCUUUGACGUUAUGAUAUACGACUUUAUAUUGCGUUUAGCGAUGAAAAUCAAGGACAUGCUCUGCAUGUAUUGGCAUAUAAUGUUAUCACCAGUCCUCUGAUGGCUCUGUGGCUCUAUGGCGGUCCUGGUCUGUUCAAGGAUGGACAGACUCGAGUGGUCAGACCGGUCAACAUCAGCGCCGUGCAGGGUGGAUCAACAGCCGAUGCAGAAAUGAGCGCCUGGCCUACUAUCACAAUAGGUUUGAGUGAAGAUAAUGUUCAUUCCACGGGAUCUCCUGUUCCCGGGGCCAACAGCCACGAGGCUUUCCCGCCAUGCCUCUUCCACGUGCGUGUAAAGAUUAAAAACGUUGGCGGUUGUGCCGAGAAAUUUUUGCUUCCCCCAUUCCUUCUUCCACCUAUGUCCACAGCACGAAUAAUGCACAACACGGCCCCGCGAUCUAGUCCCGCAGCUAUAAACACCGACCUCCUAACCAGCGAGAAUUUGAUUGAUGCGAAUCCAGUGAUUGAGGAGCCUGCCAUGUCCAUCGAGGUCGACAUUAAUGAAAAUAUAUCGGGCGCCCUUAGGCUGGAACAGGAACAGGUCCGAGAUGAGAUCGAGCCGAGUAACGCGAGUGAGCAACAUGUGGCCUCCAUCGAGGGAGGUCUGGCCAGAACUAUGUCAAGCACUCUGGAGCAGACCCCGGACAAUGAAAAAGAGCCGAAUAAAACGAAAGAGAAUCCUGCGGUGUCCAUCGAAGGAAGCCUUGCUAAGAUGUGACUGUCAACUCAUCAGCACCGUGUACUUAACGUUUGACCAUGUUUCUUAAGGUCAGACACGCUGGGGCAGAUUCUCGAUGUCCUCAAAGAAUCGACCAUCGC